UCCUUCAUCCAGAAAUUCUCAGGCUGAUGACUUUGUUUGUUAGAUAUCGGAGUAUUGAUAUUAUUUCUCAAAGUGAAAUUAGCCAGAUACUCCAUGAGGCAGCAAAAGCCAAGUUAGCAGAGCUUCCUGGUACGACAUCCCAUGCUCUACGCCUCUUUCUGCGUCAGCUCCAGAGUGGGAGUUAUCAGAUGGAGCCAGCCCAGGAAGAGAUGAUUCACACCUUGCUGGAGAGCCUCCCCGCAAGGACCAGGGCCCCUCUAAGCCACCAGGACAUGGUGUAUCCUUUUGCAAGAAGCUCAUCCUUGGUAAAGGACAUUGCUAAACAAGAACCCAGUUAUAGGGAAUGGGCACUUGUUGUAGUUUUUCAGCAAGAUGACCUGGCACUGCCCAAAUAGGAAAUUACACUGGCAAGUUGGAUUUUCCUGGUUUGUCCUUCCCUUCGAUUUUCCAUUCAUGCCACUAAUGUCAGAUGCCUGGGACGAGUGGCAGUGUCUGUCUCACACAUUGCAGACUGAGACAAGAGGAUGGAGCACAGGGAGCAGAGAAAUA